AGGAGGGAAAGGGGGUCGAAGGUCGCGGCGAUAAGGGAAACGACGGCCUUCCACGAUCGAAUAAGUAACACGCGAUCGAUCGGCGUUACGCGCAGUCCAUUUUUCCCGCACGCUGUUCACGCGCCACGAGUCAUGAGGAACUUGAAUAAUCAGAAUGGCCAACAGUUCGAUCUGAUCGCCGAGAGCAGGAGCGACGACUUCGACUCGUCGACAACCAUUCACCACGAAGAGAACGAGGAUCUGAACGAGGAUCUGAACGAUCCGUACUGCGUCGAGGAUAAUCCCCAGAGGAUCACUUUCGAGGACGUCACGUCGGCCGCUUUCAAGAUCAAAUGCGGGAUCAUCAAUACGCCAUGCGUGAAAUCGCGGCUCUCGGAUACGAUCGGCGUAGAUCUAUACCUGAAAAAAGAUUUCCUCCAAGUGACCGGAAGCUUCAAGGAGCGCGGCGCGAGGUACGCUCUGGUGAUGCUGUCCGAGGAGCAGAAGAAGAUCGGCGUGAUCUCGGCCUCGCUGGGCAACCACGCCGGUGCGCUGUGCUAUCACGGGUACAAGCUUGGUAUACCGGUGACCGUUGUGAUGCCUGUGAUCGCGCCCAUCAUGAAGAUCGUCGCUUGUCGCCAAUACGGAGCGAACGUGAUCGUCGAUGGCCUCGAUAUGGAAGAGGCGAGGCGUAUCGCGCUUAGACGGGCCAAGGAGAAAGGGCUGACGUAUAUAAACGGAUACGAUCACCCGGACAUUGUGGCGGGGCAAGGAACGCUCGGCCUCGAGAUCGUGGAACAGGUUCCCAACAUAGACGCUGUGGUGAUCCCGAUCGGAGGCGGCGGCUUGAUCGCGGGCGUAGCUCUGGCUGUGAAAAGCCUUCAUCCCAGCGUAACGAUUAUCGGCGUCGAGUCGGAGAUGUGUCCCAGUUUCUACAAGGCGCGGAAAGCGGGUCGGCCGACUUACACACCCGUAGGCCCGACACUGGCCGAGGGCCUGGCCGUCCCCGUGGUGGGAUACAACGCUUUCGCGACCGCGAAUCCGUUGAUCGACAAAUUGGUGGUGGUGAGAGAAGAUUGGAUCGCCGUCGCGAUCUUGAAACUGCUCGAGGACGAGAAGUGUAUCGUGGAGGGCGCCGGCGCUAUUGGCUUGGCCGCCAUCUUGGCCGGCCAGCUGGAAGAAUUGAAAGGAAAAAGAGUGGUGCUGCUUCUGUCCGGCGGAAACAUCGGCACGAUGGCCCUGGUCAGGUGUUUGGAACGGGGACUGGCGGUGGAAGGGCGGCUUUUGAAGUUCACGGUGACGGUGUCCGAUCGGCCGGACGAGGUCGCGGAGCUUUGCAGAAUGCUGGCGAACCUCGAUGUCUCGAUAAAGGACAUCACGUACGAGCGGACCUGGAUUAUGACGGACUUCUUCAGCGUGGAUGUGAGAGUGUUGUGCGAGACCAGGAAUCGGGAGCACACGGAACAAUUGAAGAAGAUGCUGCAUCAGAAAUAUCAGAAGAUUGUGUUCGCCCCCAGCGACGUGGCAGCUCUCACUUUGCCUUAAGCGUGUUUGCCUCGC